AUGGCGAUUAGUGCAAGAAGCAGUGUCGACGUGAGAGCAAGAGUCCUUCCUCGCUCAUGGCUUCGGCUCAUCAAUCUGCUGAAGAAGAGGAACCUCCCACCCGUCCCGGAUCAGCGUGGAAUAUCUGGCGAGUACAAGGCGAACUUUCUUUCUACGCUGUCAUUCCAGUGGAUGCAGCCUCUUCUUGUGACGGGAUAUCAGCGACCACUUGAGCUCAAUGAUAUCUGGGAGGUCAAUCCAAAGCGAGAGGUGGUCGUACUUGCGGAUAGAUCCAAGGCCGCGCUCGCAAAACGCAAGGCAAGGAAUACUCCAAGCAAGCUGGAUCUAUUGGUCUGGGCCAUCUAUGACACCUUUCCCGUGGAGCUCAUCAUCGGUGCUAUAUCAACAUUCAUUGCAUGGUGUCUUCAAGUGCUCACGCCAUUCGUGUUGAGAGACCUGAUCCAAUUUGUGCAGGAGGCUUACAACGCCACCUCAAGUGGCUCGCCGCCACCCAACAUUGGCCGUGGAAUCGGCCUGGCUGUCGGCAUAGCUUGUAUGCAGUCGUUGCAAUCGCUAUGCACGAACCAGUUCUUCUACCGCGGAAUGAUGCUUGGAGGUCAAGCUCGCUCUGUGCUCAUCGCUUGCAUAUUCGAGAAGGCUCUGAAGCUGUCAGGACGCGCUGAAACGGCCCAUGGCAAUGGUGGCGAAGGUUGGACGAACGCAAGGGUCAUCAACCUGAUGUCUACUGAUACCUCCCGCAUCGAUGCAGCCUGA